AGCACAUGCGCUAAUUGGAAGCUAUGGCUGGAAUUCUGUCGGGGGACAAGGCUACAGUAGAGGAAGCACUGAAGAAACUGCUGGACCAAGACGAUGACUGCAGUGUAGAGUUAUGCAGAGACCUCCUGACAACUCUGGACACUCAUCGUGAGCUCCAGGCAAACGUUGUCGAAGUCCUUGCAGCAUUCUCCAGAGAAGACAGUUUCAGAGACCUGGCCUUGUCAUGUGGAGUGGUCCCCAGACUGUGUCUCUUGCUCUCCUCUGAAGAGAGAAACACUCAACUACAAACACUCAGGGCCGUAGGAAACCUCUGCUUCGACCACGAUGGGAAUCGUGGGCUUGUGCUGAGCAGUGGAGGGUGCCCCCUACUCAUUGAGCAGCUAAAGAGCUCCUCCCGGCUGCCGGUGGCGAGGGAGUUUGAUCGUCUCAAAUGUGUCACGUGUGGCUGUCUGCUAAACACAGUCAAUGACAACGACAAGUUGUGUAAGGAGAUGUUGGGUCUUGGGGCAGCUGAGCAUCUCUCUGCUCUCCUGGCCAGGCCAGGGGAAGACGAGUCAACUAUCACCAUGGGACUAAAGCUCUCUACGUUCUACUAGCUGCAGGUGCCACUGAGUCAAAACUGCUCCCUCCUUUGUCCUCUCUCUCAAGCUUUCUCCAACCUCCUGAGUCGGUGCAUCAGCCAAGACCUCUCUGAUCAACUACAGCCUCUACUGGAGACUAUGGAAGUGGCAAUCAAUGCUAAUGAUGAGGUGAAAGUGGCAGUGGUGGAGGCUGGAUGUGUGGAGAAACUGACUCACAUUUCCAGUCCGUCUCUUCAGAUGAAAGCCAUUGACCUUCUCAUACUCAUCUGUGCCAAUGAUGAGAGUCUGAAGCUAGUGUCAGCGCAGCAGGAGCUGGUGACCACGGCACUGGGGUGGCUGAAGGCGCCCACGACUCUGCCACAACGAGCCAACUCUGCCCUCUUACUGGCCAAUAUGGCCCGCACUGAUGAAAUGUGCGAGAUGUUCAUCUCUCGUGGGCUUGUCUCUCUCCUCCUCCAUCUCACUCAGAUCGAGGAACCUGAAGAGGUUUGCAGUUCUUAUUUACUCGUUGAAUUUUCCCUUCAGCUCUCUGGGUUAUUUUGCUUAUUUCUUCAGCUCUCUGGAAAGGUGCUUGUAUCUGCAUUAAGUGCUCUCAGGAAUCUCUGUCUCCCAGUGUCACAGAAGGCAGGGCUGGUCGAGAGUGGUGUCCUGGAUGCUGCAUUGAGGUGUUUAAGAGACAGCAAAUGGCCUCACGUCCACUUCAAGUGCCUCGGGAUUGCCAGACUACUAGCCCCCCUGAAAGAGGUGUGUGUACAGCUGAGCCAGCCAGGGACGGUGGCUCUGGUGUGUGAGAGAUGCUCGCCGGCUGAGCCAGCUCAAGUCAAGAUAGAGGGUAGCAGAUUGCUGGCUGGACUAGUCAAAUACUGCCAGUCUGAGGAGGUAAUGAGAGUGGUCAUCAGUGAAGGAGGGGUUAAAUUGAUAGCGUCUCUAUUGGACUCCGCCCACCUGUCUCUAAGAAACGAGGCUCUGCUAGCUCUAAACCUACUGGCAGUUGUGAAGGACGAUGGGGAAUUCAAGACGUCUCUUACAGACGAGGUGGUAGUGGGUGGAGUUUGGGGUGUGGUCUCGGCUGGUGAUAGCUCUCCUGAGUUGGUGAGCAAUGCACUGACCUUCCUAGUUCUGCUGGCUGAGAAACAGUGGACAGCUGAAGUGAGAGAGAAGCUAGUGAUGUUGGAAGGACUGACUGAUAAACUAGACUCUCUGACUCAGAAUGAUAGUCAAACUGUUAGUGAUUUGGCGAAACAAUUAGCAAAGAAACUUUCAUUGAAUCCGACAUGAUUAAAAAGACAUUUGGCAGUGCAACAGUGCACUCACACACAAUUGCACAGACACUUGCACACAAUUUAAUUAAGGUGUCUUACAGUACAUGCUUUUUGCCACAGUGUGUUUCAAUCUCUGAUAAUUAAUGG